GAUACAGUCGCGGUGUGCUCUCGCAGUUCCGUGUGCUGCGCCUGUGGCAGGAUAUCAUGCCAAUCUAGGACCAACAUGACCAAACAGAGCUACUUCCCAAGCAUGGUCCAAGCAAUUACAGUCCUGACCGUCCUCAAGAUGUUGACCAACGCUCAAACAACCUGCAAUCAAGGAAUUGGUCGAGUUGUCUAUGAGAGAUUACCAGAUCAGCAGUUGCAGGGCUUUGAUGAUGACGUGGUCAGAGACACAGCUCCUCCGUUCAGAGUUCUUGAGAAGUGUCAAGAAUUAUGUCUGCGGGAUCGAACAGCAACGAAUAACUUAGUCAGAACGUGUACUUCUUUCGACUUCCAGCCAGGGAGCCGGAUAGCAUCUUUCACUGGCACAGUCGAAUAUGAAGAAUCCACAUGUUACCUAACCCGAGAGCAAGCUCAUCCAGAAGGCAUAGGCAAUUUAGUUCUCGUCCCAAAUAGCGUCCAUUACACCGAAGUCUGCUUGUCUUCGAGUCGAAUUGAGCGAGAGUGCCCCAAUCGGCACUACGUGUUUGAGCGGCAUGCACGGAAAAAGCUGAAGCUUCCUUUAACAGAUACAAAAGAAGUCAUUGCAACUAAUAGGACAGAUUGUGAAGACAGGUGUUUGAAUGAAUUUUCGUUCGUUUGUCGUUCUGCAACCUAUGAUUCAGUUGCUCGAACGUGCUGGCUAAGCCGCUUCACACGGAGAUCUCAUCCAGAGCUUUUAGAAGAUGAUCCUAACUCUGAUUAUCUAGAAAACACAUGUUUGAAUGCUGAGAGGCGUUGUGACGGGCCAAUAAUUUUUGUCAAAGAGGAAAACAAGAGACUUGCUGGACCAUUUGAGGUUGAUAUAUAUGCUAAUUUAUCACUACCCGAGUGUCAAUCUCAAUGUUUGAGAGCUGAAAAGUAUUUUUGCCGAGCAAUAGAGUAUGAUGAGCAAAUUCGCCGUUGCAUUAUUUUUGAGGAGGACUCAAUGUCCCAAAAAGAUGAUCUGCGCACAAGCAGUAGCCCCACUCAUGACUUGUAUGACCUAGUAUGCUUGGAUAGUUUGGAAAAAUCAAACGAGUUUCCAGAAAAUUCAGUCACAUCCCACCUUUUUGCUGACGGGCGCCGGCCAGACACAGCUUUUCAGCGCUAUCGGAACAGCCGACUUGGAGGCGAGUUUCACUCAGAGAUUACAAGUCGAUCAUUGAGUGAGUGUCUAGACGAAUGUCUUCGGCAAGUCAGUUUUCAAUGCCGCUCAGCAGUUUACAGUGAACGAUUCCGCAUUUGUCGUUUGAGUCGAUUCAACCAACGAGAUGGACACAGGAUAAUCUAUGACGCGGACUACGAUUACUACGAGAACCUAAUGAGCAAUCCGACACCAAGUCAUCUGCCCCCAGUGCCGGCUAGACCUGAUCCUUUGGGGCAAGACUCCAAUUAUCAUGGCCAUGGUAGACCUCCUUAUCCAUCGAUUGGGAAACCCCUGGGUGCAUUUGGAGGUGUCUAUGGUGGUGGGAGUUUUCCUGGUUACACUGCAGGAUCAUCCACGCCACUGGGAGGGAGCCCCUACUCGUCGGAAACACCGGGGGGAUACUGGGGUAACAUAGCGGGCCACAGUGGGGAUGUUUCUGGGGGAUAUGGGUAUCCUAGCCAGACGCCAUCCAGUGUGGGUUAUCCGACGCCUGGACCUCCUAUUGCAGGACUGGGUGGGGUUCCCUCCAUAACUCCAUUAACCCCUGUUGGUCCAGGAUAUCCUCCGCCCUUGUAUGGAGGGCCAGCUGAUAUUGGUCGGCCGUUCAAUAUUCGCUGCGACGAUGCAGAUGGUUUUAAACAAAUUGGCGUGAGGAUGAGGAUGCGGCGUCAAUUCAUCCGGCGGAUGUCUGCCACGCCAACUCUUUCAAUGUGUGAGCGGGAGUGUGCGGAUUCCCGGGAUUUCAUUUGCCGCUCUUUCAACUACAGAGCGGCUCCAUAUGGUGCGCAACGUGAAAAUUGUGAGCUGAGUGAUCGAGACACCAGAGAUUUGGAUAUGAACAACCCGACGUUUUUUGAAACAACUGGAGACUAUGAUUUCUACGAACGUGCUGCGUCUGGGAGAAGUGGACAAGAGUGUUUGGAUGUGUCACAAGUUUGCAGUGAGGAUGGAAUGGAAUUCACUCUCAGAACUCCUGAGGGCUUUAUUGGUCGCAUUUACACGUACGGUUAUUAUGAUCGUUGUUUCUAUCGAGGAAACGGAGGCACCGCAAACGUGUUAAGGAUUAGUGGAGCUCAAGGCUACCCGGACUGCGGAACGCAAAGGUAUGGUGACACCAUGACCAAUAUUGUGGUCGUUCAAUUCAGUGAUUUUGUGCAAACGAGUCGGGAUAAGCGUUAUAAUUUGACGUGUUUGUUUCGGGGCCCUGGAGAAGCAGUGGUCACUUCAAGCUAUAUGACAGCCAAUUCCGGGAGCCCAAUUCCAAUCGAGUACCUUCCUGCGGAAAAUUCAUUGAGUUCCCGCGUGCGGCUUAUGAUCUUGUUCCAAGGUCGACCAACCAACACCAUCGCAGUUGGAGAUCCACUCACAUUCCGACUGGAGGCUCAAGAUGGUUAUAACUAUGUCAAUGACAUUUUUGCGACGAACGUCAUAGCCAGAGAUCCGUACACAGGAAGAUCCGUCCAACUUAUAGACCGAUAUGGGUGCCCUGUCGACAAUUAUGUUUUUCCUGGCUUAGAUCGUUCUCGAGAGGGUGAUGGUCUUGAGGCAAGAUUCAACGCUUUCAAAAUUCCUGAAUCUAACUUCCUUGUUUUUGAGGCCACUGUUAGAACCUGUAGGGAUGGUUGUCAGCCGGCUUACUGCACGGGUCAUUCUGGGAGAAAUGAGCCCUCUCUAGGAAGGCGAAGAAGAGCAGUUGCAGAAGAGGAUGUUGCAGAGGAAAGUGUGGCGGAAAGUGACCUGAGAAAUGAGCCAGCUCUAAGGAGACAAGCACGGGAAAUCGGCGAAGAGAGCGAGGAAGUGAUUUCUCUUGAGGGUGAAGGCUCCGUUCUGGAAAUCACUAACAGCACUGAUGAAGAGAGGGUCAGAGAGAUGAUCAAGGUUUUUGACUCACGCUAUGAUAUGCCAGUUCAAAAACAAAAGAUUAACGCCCUCAUAUCACAGACAAUAUGUUUGAGCACACGUGAAUAUUAUGUCAUGGUUUUCACGAUGCUGGUCUUUCUGUCACUACUAAUUGUUUCAACAUUUUUCGCUGCCAUAUACUACAAACGAUACUGGGUGAUUCAAAGUAAAAAUGAAGUGGUAAAUCCUUCGCCCACUUUCUUCUCUAGCUCUAGUGGUCCGAGUCUUUUCUCUUUCCUCAGCCCGAGCUCUCAUAAGUUCACCUCAACCAGAACCGUGUGUAGCAGCAUUAUUGAUAGUCAGAUAGAUGCUCCCCCCGAGAUCAACUCAAUUAUCAAUAGUCGCGUGUUUCAAGAUCCAAGUGAACCAAUCUACACCGAUCCAUCACUGUUCGAGCGAUCCCGAAGUCUUCGAAGCAUUGCUAUGUCUCAGAUUUCGCAGAAGUAUCGUAAAGAAGAAAAUGAUGAAUUCCACUGCCACUGACAAAAUUACUGAAAUUGGAGUACUGUACCCCUGACUAGUUUCUACGGAAUGAGAUGUUUCGAUGAUCUCAUGAACUUUAGGUGAAAUUGCGGGCAACAUUAUUUGGAAAACAGGAA